AUGGUUUAUUUGUGCAGACACAAACCAAUGGUUUGUUUGCAGUCCAAAAAUGGAAAUAGCGUUUAGAAAGGAAUGAAAAGAUCCAGUCCAGAUUGUCUGUUCAUUUUGUGGCUUUUGUUCAUCAUCAUCAUCAUCUCUCUCUCUGUCUUUCUCCAAUCGCCAUGGCUGGAGCCACACAAACCCUGAUCUUCACCUACGGAACUUUGAAACAAGGCCAUGGAAAUCACUAUCUAAUGGAAGACCUUAUCCGGCAAAAUGAAGCCAUUUUUUUAGGUGCUCAUGUAACACACCAACCCCACCCACUUGUUAUAGGCCCACACGGCAUUCCCUACUUCAUCAACCUUCCUGGAUACGGCCAUCGAGUCAAAGGCGAGUUAUACACUGUGUCAACUCGGGGACUAGUCCGACUGGAUGAACUAGAGGGCACCAGCAUCGGACAUUACGAGAGGUUACCUAUUCAAGUGUAUGAAGAAGAGAAAGGUGACGAUUUGGUUGCUACGGAGGCGUAUUUCGCGCAUAGGAGUUUCGGAGAGAGGCUGUGGGAGAAGAAAGGGAAGGUGGGUUUGAUCGAGUUUGGAGAAAAAGAGGGAAAAGAGUAUGUAGGAAAAGAGGAUAGGCCUGAUGGAUGUGAUUUUCUUCAUGAUAUUACAUCAUUUGUUAACAACCCUUGAUGAAUAAUUCUCUUUUCUUCUUUAGUUUGGAAAUAAAUCAAAUAAUUCUAUGAUUACAAUUGGUUUUAUAUUAAAUUCUUUCUUUCCUGUUGUGAAGAUUAUUUUAGUUGUUACAUUCGAUGGUUAUUUUUACCACGAUCUUGAUUGGUGCUUGACAGGGAUUGUUUGUGACCACAGUAUCAUCUCUAGUUUCUCGUUCUUUAAUCCUGACCAGUGACUAGUGUGGUUGCCCCUGAGGGCAUCUGCCGACAAUUUGUCUCAUUUCAUUUGUUGGUGUUGAUAAUACUUAUGAAACAAAAAAGGCAAGCACACUGCACUGUACUCGAUUAUUAAUUAUAAGAGCAUGGGGCCUCUAGGCCACCAUUUAUUUGUAACACAACAUCAAGCUCGAUCUGCAGCACUUUUUCUGGUUUAUAUUAUGCUUGACAUCUUGGUUACAAAAUCUCUUUUUCCAUAAGCUAUUAUGUACACU